GUUUGUGUGUGUAGGAGUGACUCCCCUGUAUAAAAUCUAAGAGGGACACAGACACAGAUACACAGAGCACAGAGGGAGUGUGUGUUGUUUAAGUUCCUCUUUAUUUUUUCUUAAAGAAAAGUCUGUAAAAAUUAAAAUUGAAAAAGCGAAAGGAGCACAAAACUUUUCCACCUCGGACAACCAUGAUGUUCCCCUGCAGCGCUCUGCCGCCUCCUCUCUACCCGGGCUUACUGCGUCCUCCCGCUGCCCUGUCCUCGCCCCUGACCCGGUCACUCCGCUCAGGCUUUCUGGUGGAGGAUCUCCUCCAGCUGAGCCAGCCUGUCAGUUACAUUCAUCGGACUUUCUCUUCCAGAAAUCCGGGGGACGUUCUCCCGCUCAGUCCGCGGCCGGGCGCCUCUCCCCGGGCGUUAGGACCCAGCACAGAGCGGUCUGUGCUGCAGAGCUCCAGCCAGCAGACCCGCAGCAGCCACGGCUCUCCGCAAACUGCCUGCCCGGACUCCGGCUACCUCAAGUUCGGCGUCAAUGCGAUCCUGGCACCGUCCACACGAAGCGUCCAGAGUUUUCAGACCAAGUCCUUCCCUUUGCCUUUCUUUGACGGAGGCCUCCAUCCCUUCAUCAGAGCUACCUAUUUCACAGCCUCCUCCUCUGUGAUUCCUGUACCGGGGACGUUUUCAUGGCCUCUGGCCCCCAGAGGGAAGCCCAGGAGGGGCAUGCUGCGGCGGGCCGUGUUCUCAGACCUGCAGAGGAAGGCCCUGGAAAGAACUUUCCAGAAGCAGAAAUACAUCAGCAAACCAGACAGGAAGAAACUCGCCAGUAAACUUGGACUUAAAGACUCACAGGUGAAGAUCUGGUUCCAGAACCGCAGGAUGAAGUGGAGAAACUCUAAAGAGAGGGAGCUGCUCUCGACGGGCGGCUGUCGCCAGCAGACCCUCCCCACCAAGACCAACCCCCACCCAGACCUCACUGAUGUAGGCAGCACCUACUGCCAGAGGCUUGACAGGACUGCACCCACCAGCCAAGUACAGCUGGACAGCCAGGAGUCACACCUUCACCACCACCAUCAUCAUCAUCAUCACAAUCCUUCGUCUCCGUCAGAGUCCAGCAAAGAGUCAGACAGUGAAGAAAUCACAGUCUCUUAAGAACCUGAUAGAAGAGUCUGAUGAAUGGAAGUAAACACCAGAAGUGCUUGAACCUGCUCGAUUCAUAGCUGUAUUUUCUCAGCCUCAGUGCCAUGUUCCUGUACAGAGUUUGUAUUACAUUAUAUGUAGUUCAGUGUAUCUAUAUACAUUUAAUAAGGUAUACUGAGCUGUUUUAGAUUUAAUAUUUGUAGAUUGAAAUGUUUAACUCUUAAAUAUACAAAUUGUUCUUUUCACACAUAUUUGUAUUCUUUAUAUUUUCUCAAAUAAAUAAUAAAUAAAUAACACGUUUCGUUUAGUGUUGAUGUUAAGUGUCCUACUGAUGUGAAACUACUGGAACUAAACAAACAUAGGAUGAUAAUCAUUGGCUUGGCUUUGGUUUAAGGUUGAGGACAGUCGUAUAAUCCCACUGCUGUGUCCAGUAGAAAUCCCCUGAUGCCACCAGAGGUCGCUGUAUCUGAG